UGAUGAUCCAAAUGAAAGUGGAUCCUCAAUCAUAAUGGAUUUUAUAAAUUGCUUCAUGAAGGCAAAGGCCCAAAACUGGAUCGAUUUGACUUGGUUUAAAAGGCUCUUGCCCACAUUUUUCUCUGAGGAAGAUCGCCGUUCUUGUUCUAAACCCCGAUUUUGUGCAAUAGCCUGUACUGAAAUGGGCCAUGGGAAAUGCGAGGGAUGGCUUUAUCAUAAGAGAGAAUCUAGAGGAAUCUCCUUUUUUAGUUGGAAAAAAUACUGGUUUAUUUUGAAACACUCAACUCUCUACUGGUUCUCACAUCUGAAUGACACCAAGGCUGAUGGUUUCAUUUACCUACCAGAAUUCCGAAUUGACUUAGCUCCACACUGCAGAAGAGAACAUGCUUUCCAAGCCACCCAUGCAAGAAUCAAGGAUUUCUACUUUGCUGGCACAUGCUUGGAUGAGAUGAAUUAUUGGAUUUGUCAGAUGUUACAGCUAGCACUUGGUUCUUCCUUUGGAGAUGCAGCUGCUAAUGCAGAAUACAGACAUAUGAGUGCUAAGCUUUAUGCAAAAUGUGUUAUGGCCUUGAAGAGAAACUUCCCUGUGGUUUGGUGUAACUUCUGCCAAGAAGCAACUACCAUUGUUUCUGUGAAUCCAAACUUCCAAUACAGACGUACUCAAAAUAUUUCUGAUGAAUUCAUUUAUUUCCGUCCUAUUAAUGCGGAAAUUGAGGAAAGGGACAGAAAACAAAAAGAAGAGAAUACAACUUUGGCUGCCCAGCAACUCACCCGUGAAGGUAUCCAUCAGAGGGACUUGGGGCUUACGAAUGAGGUGGUGACGGUUACCACCCCCCCACUAACUAAGGAGUUAGAAAGCAUUGCUCUUGUAAAACCAAAAACUUCAGGGCUUCUUCGCAUAGAGAAAGUACCAAUUAAGUCUCCAGGGUUCCCAGAAUUUGAACGCUUAGAUGUUACAGGAAUUGCCAGUCCAGAGGAAAGGGGAAAAGGCACCGCAAUACUUGUUGCCGGUGUGCCUGGAAAGGAGGAUCUAGAUGAUACAGAAAUUCCAACUUUGCAAUUCACUGGGUUUGUACACCUGGAGUCUUUAAUAAAUGAAUCUUCACCAUCCUCCUCAGAAUACAGUCGCCCAGGAACCCCAAGAAAUUUAUGGAUGGAAUCUCCAGAAAAUGCAGAGUCCCCAGGAAGUGAUGAUAUGGAAGUAGCAAGAAGCAUGUAUCCUUUUAGAGAAAGAUCCAUCUUUCGGCGUUCCUGGGCAGAGCUCUUAGAGGCACCACUAAACAGUGAGGGGCUCCAUAUUCUCCAAACUAGUCCCAGGGAAGAAAACAGAGAUAUGGGCUACCGCAAACUAGCAUCAGAAGAAGAGAAUCAAGUAACCAUCCUCCCUGAAGAGCAACAUUUCCAAGCUUUGCAAGGCCCUUUCCCCUUGUUGCCCGAGCGCCCUAAGCUCCAGCGGCAGCGCAGUCGGAGCUUACCAAGAUACAGUGAAGUCAAAGGCCAAUACUUAAAUGCACCGGAAUUCAAAUUAAAUGCAGAAGAAACUUACUUCUUCCCACAUGACCAUGAUUUACUAACAGAAGAAAACAUCAAGAGAAGAUACAACAUGGAGGGAGCUCAGCAAAGAGCAAUUCCAUCACAUUUUGGAGAACAUCUUUCCAUCAGGCCAAGAUUUGAGAAUUCCGCAAUUCGAGGAAACAUUGGAAUUCCUGAGGAUAAUUAUGCGUGUCCCAGAGGCAAUGUUAGAAUUCCCAAGAAUAAUGUCAAUACUAUCCCCAUGGUUAAUGUUGGAGUGCCCAUGGAUAAUCCUCAAUUUCUUAGAGGCAAUGCUGGAGUUCCCAGGGGCAGUGAGUUUGGCGUUUACAUGGGUAAUAGUGGUAGAACUUCCGGACAUAUGGUAUCUUCUCCACUCACUGAGCUCUCAAAGAUAGGUGAACACCAGUUAUAAAAACUGAUACUUUACAAUGCUGUCCGUUGAAGAAACAAACUAAGACACUUAACAUCAAAACAGACAUGUACAAACUUGACAACUCAAAAUACUAAAUGGGACAUCUAAAUUAUGAAUACACAAUACACAUAAUUUAAAAAUGUGUGAUAAUUAUUUACUAGAUUGGAUAAAACCAGACUGUAGCUAGCUAGUUUAUCCUGUAUGCAGUCAUCAAUUGUAUAUGAUAUAAUCUAGUGUGUUGUAGAUGUGGACUUCUUCAUUGAACAAAAUAUCAUGUACUUUUCAAAUGACAAUUUUUCCUAGUAAUUUCAAGUCCUCUUGGAUACUUUGAUAGACAAAUGAAAAUGAUCUUAGAGGUAUUGGCAUUUAUUUUGAUGAGUCUAUCUUGAUGUCCAAGACAUUUAUUGAAUGAAAGCUAGAAUCCAGGAGAUUUAACAGAAGAUUCUUGAAUAUAGUACUUCUUUUGAAAUACUUUAAAAAGACAUCUAGGGAAAAGUUCACUAAAAGUACUUAAAUAUGUCUAUUUGGGUUUUUUGACAUAAACACAGCAAAAUUGUAAAUAUUUAUGGAAGCCUUAACAAUACAAGGAGACAAAUAACUGUAGAACUGUAAAUAUCAUAUGUGGUUGUGAUGUUAAUAAUAUAAGACAAUAGCCGGGCGGUGGUGGCACACGCCUUUAAUCCCAGCACUUGGGAGGCAGA